AUGGAUAAACAUUACUGCAUUCAAUCCUCCAUUAUAUACAACAUCGGAUCUCGUAUAACUUACUUCCCCACCCCAAUACACUAUAACGGGAUAGUGAUCCAUAUUCUGAUUCAUCAUAGGAGAUCUCACAACUUCUCUCAACCUCAUACAUAUUUAGAAGUAAAAGAUAUUUCAUGUAGAUCUAAUAGAAUUUUGGAAAUCUUGGAAAUGCCUCCUCUAUCGAGCAAAUGUUUGAGACAACGCUUUUCUAACAAGGCACUAAGUGAGCUGGUUAUGGAACUGGCUGAGGAAAGGAGGUCAAAUUGCAAGCCGACCACAGAGACAGCUUCCUCUAUGAGCAAGAAAAUCUCUCAGAAUAAACCUCCUACGUACUCAGGGACUGGGGAACCUGCAGCUUUGGAAAGUUGGUUACGAGAAUUUGGCAAGCUGUUCAACGUGGUGCAAUGCCCAGAGCACUUGAGGGUAGACCAGGCUGCAUUCUACCUUCAAGAAGAGGCAGAUUAUUGGUGGUCGAAUGCAACAGAUAGUGUAAUGAGUGAUCCCAAUAAUCCGCUAAGUUGGAAGGAUUUCAAGACGAUGAUUCGAGAAAAGUUUUACCCACCGCAUAUCAGGAAGCAGAAGUCCAAUGAAUUUGCCAGGCUUGAGAUAGGGGAGAUGUCCGUGGAUGAAUACUAUAAGAAAUUCGUGGAAUAUGUCAAAUACUUCCCUGAUGACGUUUCCACCGAAGAAAAGAAGAUGCAAAGAUUCGAAUUGGGAUUAGUGAAUCAGGUGCAAGUUCACAUUGGUAGCGACAGGUACACCACAUUGGAUGCGAUGUAUCAGAGAGCUGCUCAAGUCGGAAGCUUGCUUAAGUUGGACAAGGGAAAGGGCCCCGAGACUAGUAGUGGGGCAGCCCCUAGUGGGGAAAAGAGGAAGGAGAAUUUUCAUCAACAACCUAGUUUUCACCACAGCAAGAGACAUCGAAGCUUCAAUGACCAACACCUCGGAAAUGGGAGAAAUGGUAAGCCUCAGCUGGGAGGUGCCAGUGAUCGGAAGGUGAUCAAGGAUCGUCAUGGCAAGGAGAGAGUCUUCUUUUGCUCUAAGUGUCCCAACAAUCACCCGGGGAAAGACUGUAGUGGGAAUUUGGUAGAAUGCAAAUAUUGUGGCAAGCUGGGACACCGAGAGUAUGAGUGCUUCGCAAAGCAUGGACAUCCAGUUCAACAACAUAAUGGGCAAUAA